CGCGUUCAGACAAUUGAUAUGGGGCACUUGCGCGCCGAACGCUUGAUAAUUCGAAUGCACUGAUUCCGUCAUGAAUCUGCUACUGGCUUUCGUCUAUAUCCUCACCCUUGGCCUUCUCCUCGCAAAUGGCUCCGCCUUCGUCGCUGCGACCCAUACUUCUAAUUGGGCUGUCCUGGUGUCAACAUCGCGAUUCUGGUUUAACUAUCGCCAUCUCGCCAAUGUCCUUUCCCUCUACCGAACGGUAAAGCGCUUGGGCAUCCCCGACUCUCAGAUCAUCCUCAUGCUGCCCGAUGACAUGGCGUGCAAUCCACGAAACGCAUUUCCAGGAACCGUUUACAACAAUGCGGAUAGAGCGCUGGAUCUAUAUGGUGAUAACAUCGAGGUGGAUUAUCGAGGCUACGAAGUGACUGUCGAGAGUUUUAUUCGCCUUCUCACUGAUCGCCUGGGAGAGGACGUGCCCCGCAGCAAACGGCUAGGCUCCGACGCCGGAAGCAACGUCCUGGUUUACAUGACGGGUCACGGGGGGGAUCAGUUCCUGAAAUUCCAAGACUCUGAAGAAAUCGGUGCAUGGGAUCUGGCCGACGCAUUUGGUCAAAUGUGGGAGAAGAAACGUUAUAAUGAAUUACUAUUUAUGAUCGACACCUGCCAGGCAAACACCAUGUUCACACAUUUUUAUUCCCCAAACAUCAUCGCGACCGGUUCAAGUGCAUUGGACCAGUCUUCCUACUCCCAUCAUGCGGACAGCGACGUUGGAGUUGCCGUUAUCGAUCGCUGGACUUACUACAUUCUCGAAUUCCUUGAAACGCAGGUGACUUCACCGAGCUCUAAGCUCACACUCGGCGACCUAUUCGAUUCAUACGACGAGUCAAAGAUUCACUCGCAGCCAGGUGUGCGAUGGGAUCUUUUUCCCGGUGGUGAGCAGGCUGGGCGGUUACGCAAAGUUAUGGACUUCUUCGGCAACGUCCAAGAUGUUGAAAUUGAAGCUGGGCAAAAUGUCACCGCUGAUAUCCGUGAAGACUUGGCAGCUGUUGCGAAGUUGGUCGAGGAGUGGAAACAGCGAGAACGCGCUUAUUUCUCAAAUGCGAGCAGCACCGAAUCUGUGUCGGAGCAGCUGUCCAGCACUGCCCAGAAAAAUCGUGUUACCCUCUCUCCAGUGCAAAUACCCACUGGUGCCGUGAGAAUGAAGGACGUGAAUACCUGGAACAAACAAGCCGUCGGCGUAUCUUUGUUGGCUGGCCUGGGGGCUGUGUGGCUCGCUGGAUCUUUAACGGCAAAAUCAUAACAUUUGCGUCUGUUGACUGCUAUCAUUUACUUCCCUUGUAUAUAUCUGACGCAUGGGUAGGUUUCGGAGUUUCGAUACCCGUUUUUAGAGCAGUUAGAUGUGCUCUUCAUGUCUUUUGCUUCUAGGAUGGUGAGCGGAAUGGUCAUGGGGUUAAAUUUGAAUCAGUUCAAGUGUACAAUAGUAGGAUUUUAUCUCAUAUUUCAUCAUUAAUUAUCGCCAAUUUCCAAUCAUGAUAUCAAACCAUG